UCAUGAGCCUUGAGCCAACUUUCAAAAGAAAACUAGUUAUUUAUUAGGAGCACCAUUUGGCAAGACCUUAUCCUUUUCCUAGAGUGGGGUGAAUCCCACAUUUUUGAAUCCCACCACUGCCUGAUACCUUUCAGAGAGUUAGAUCAGGGGUCCCCAAACCCUGGUCCAUGGACCCACGGUAUGCCAGAAACCUGGCUGCGCAAAGAAAAAAAAGCCCAUCUGCGGGAUGCAGGCAGCACACAAAAUCACACCCCCUCCGGUCUGCAGAAAAACCUCUCUCUGCGGAACUGGUCCCUGAUACACAAAAGGUUGGGGGCCACUGAGUUAGAUUACUGUUUUCAUCACUUCCAGCCACAUGAAUAUUUUAGCCAAAAAACUGCAGAGAUUACUGAAUUGGGGAGGUCUGCUCCAAAAUAGAAAGAGAAAAUUGGAAAUUAAGUGAGACAGUAAUGCUCUUUGUUUCUUUAUUUCCACAGUAAUGCUCUUUGUUUAUUUCCCAUGUGCAGCUGCCGUUUUGAAUCUUCUUUUACCUUCCACUUUCCUUCAACCUGGGAUCAAUCAGCCCUUCCUGAAACAGGCUAUAAGCUGGUAGAGGUCUCUAAUUCUUCAGAAGAGUAUCAUGAAAUCAAGAUGAUUUUUGAGAAGACAAUGGAAGAUUGCAUUAUACAUAGACUUCAAAGAGUUCAGAAUCGUUCUCUCUGGCAAGUCUUUCAGUGGCAAAAAGAGCAGAUGAAGAAGUUGAAUAGAAGAAAGGAAAUUGAUGAACGACUCUUGUUUCAUGGCACUAGCACAUCACACCUGCAUGACAUCUGUGGACAAAACUUUGACUGGAGAAUUUGUGGCACACAUGGAACACUAUAUGGAAAAGGAAGCUAUUUUGCCAGAGAUGCCUGCUAUUCCCACACAUACUGCAAGUCGGAGAAACAAACAAAGACCAUGUUUGUAGCUAGAGUUCUGGUUGGAGACUAUGUCCAAGGAGAAGCUUCUUAUGUCCGCCCACCUCCUAGACCUAACCAAUCAAGCAGCUUCUAUGACAGCUGCGUGGACGAUGUUCUGAAUCCUUCUAUUUUUGUCAUCUUUGAGAAGCAUCAGGUAUACCCAGCCUACAUUGUUGAGUAUGAGGGGUUACCCCAAUGUGUGAUCAUGUAAAGGCAUCAAUUCUUUGUUUUUGUUUUCAUGACCGUUCCUUUCUUUUUAUAUGUAUAUAUAAAUUUAAAAUUUAUACGCAG